AUGCCAUCAAUGUGCACUAUCACCAAAUGCAAUGGUAAUUCGUAUGCCAAAUGUGAUUGUUGCCAGCAAAUCGUAUGUCUAUUUCAUCUGAAAGAACAUCGUGAUUUACUUAUUUCGCAAUUAAAUCCAUUAAUUAAUCAAAUCACUGUACUUGAAAAUCGAGUUAACGCAUUCAAGGCUGAAAAUAUGAUUGUUAAUGCCUGUAAAACACUUGAACAAUGGCGUAUAGACUGUUACAAGAAGAUCGAUAAAUUCAUUGAAGAAAAAUCUCAGCAGCUCACUGCCUAUGUGAAUAGUAAAAUUGAUAAACAACGCGAUGAUAUUGAUCAAAUCCGAUCAAAAGUAGCUAAACUUAUCAAUAAAGAAAAUCUAAAUGAUCAACAUCUUGAUUCUAUCAAAUGUAAAAUAAUUGAUCUUGAAAAAGAAAUUACAAAAACUGAACAAACAACUUUUCAUAUUCAAAUGCAAUCGUUUGUUACUACCGAUGAUUUAAUCCGAAUUAAAGAAUCAAAUCCAUAUCAAUUUGAUCUUUCAUCGCUAUCACCAGCAUUUAAAACAAUCAAAACUUCGAAAAAAAAUUGGGCAGCAUUAGCAACAAAUGAAAAAUAUUUAUUAAUUCAUCAGGAAUCAAAUCUUUGUUUAGUAGAUCAAAAAUUUACAAUUAUUAAACAAACCCCAUGGGCGUUUGGAGAAAUUUGGGAUAUGUUUUGGUCAUCUGUAUUAGACCGAUUUAUUGUUAUUAAUCAAAAUAGUAUUUUUCUUGUCGAUGACGAUAUCAUGUCAAUAAAAACGAUUCAAACCUUAAAUAAACAUGCUUGGUGUUGUGGUACAUGUUCAGAAAAGUCUUUAUUUCUCGCAACAUAUCGACGUGGUGCAUCUAUUAUAGAGUUGAGUUUAUUACCAACAAUAGAAUUUGUUAAGCAUUGGAAAUCUCCUGAAACUUGUUCGGCAGAUGAAGGCAUUCAUGAUAUGGCUUAUAAUGAUGAAAACAUUUUUAUGGUUAUUGAAAAUCAGGUAAAAAACACUGUUCGUGUUGAUUUAAGAUCUUCACAAACAUUAAAUCGUUUAUGGUCUCUUCGUAUGAACAGUGCAGAUAAUUUAAAUGUUCAAAUUCGUUGUUGUUUAUUUAAUUAUAACGAAUGGAUCGUUGUUUAUCAUGACUUAAAUUGUCUUUUACAUAUUACAAAAGAUGGAAAAUUGAAAGGUUCAUUUUCAUAUACACCACCUCCUCAUUUCGCUUCAAGAUUUGGAUUCAACCAUUUGGUUGUAACUACAUCAACUAGUAUAAACUUACAUAAAAUUCAAUUCUAG